GGCGGAGCUGCGCAUUCCGGCCGCAUCAGCGCGCGCGUGCUCGCCAGGUGCUGGCGCGGUGCUGCCCCAUGGGGACGGCGGCGGCCUUGGGGGCCGAGCUGGGCGUGCGGGUAGUGCUGCUGGUGGCCUUCCUGAUAACAGAGCUGCUUCCGCCCUUCCAGAGGCGAAUCCAGCCGGAGGAAAUGUGGCUUUACCGGAAUCCAUAUAUGGAAGCCGAGUAUUUCCCCACCAAGCCCAUGUUUGUCAUUGCAUUUCUCUCCCCGCUGUCCCUGAUCCUCCUGGCCAAAUACCUCAAGAAGACAGACACGAGGGACAGCAAACAAGCCUGCCUGGCUGCCAGCCUUGCCCUGGCUCUGAACGGCGUCUUUACCAACACAAUAAAACUGAUUGUGGGGAGGCCACGCCCUGACUUCUUCUACCGCUGCUUCCCCGACGGCCAACCCCAUUCUGACUCGUGUACAGGGGAUGAGGAUGUAGUGAACGAGGGCCGUAAGAGCUUCCCAAGCGGACAUUCCUCCUUUGCCUUUGCUGGGCUGGCCUUUGCUUCCUUCUACCUGGCAGGGAAGUUACACUGCUUCACACCCCAAGGCCGGGGGAGAGCCUGGCGGUUCUGUGCCUUUCUGUCACCUCUGCUUUUUGCAGCUGUGAUCGCGCUGUCCCGCACCUGUGACUACAAGCAUCACUGGCAAGAUGUACUAGUUGGAUCCAUGAUCGGCCUGACGUUUGCCUAUGUCUGCUACAGGCAGUAUUACCCUCCGCUGACGGAUGCCGAGUGCCACAGACCAUUCCAGGACAGACUUGCACUUCCCUCCGCACCAAGGCAGCCUGUGGGAUACAAGGAACAAUUACCAGAGAUUAGAAGUGAUGCUGUCGGGCCUCAUAAGAGGCACUUCCCCCAUGGCCAACCUACCUGCUACCCCCACCCCAGCCCGCUGCCUGGGCCUUGAGCGCUCGGGACGCGCGGGACCUGCGGAAGCAGCAAUGUUUACAAAAUGCAUCUAACAAGAACACGCUUGGGAGAGGCAGCAAGUGACUUACACAGCUUCUCUAAUUGUACCACUAAAAGAUCAUUUAUAACCGAAGCAGCCUGUCAAGGUCUGUCAGCUCUUAUAACUACCCUCAACUUAAGAACAGAAGCUGCUUUCAAGUGACUUAAAUCAGCCUGCAUCUAAAGUCUCUGAGCUGAAGUAUGAUAUGAAAGGACAGGUCUAGGAUAUGUAACACCUUUGCUUUAUAAAGAGGCACCUAAUAUGAACUAGACUGCCUACUUGAGACUCUUUGAGCAGCUCAAACAGCUGUAAAAACAACAGCAUCAGUAAUUCUAAGCAGUGAAUCUGUCAGCUGUAAAGAGAGAGAACAAGAUUCUCUUUAAGCUAUAUUGCAGUCUGUCUGCACACAGUACUGGCAGGAAAGAAAAGCUGACUCAAAGCAACCUGGCUACCCAGCGAUCUUCCAUAUCCACUUAGGCUUCAGAUGCAGGCACCACCACCAGGAGUUAAGCCUGCUGUACCCCCAACUGCCUUCUGAACUUCAGGAGGCUGCUUCUAAACUAAAACAUUUACUAGAAAAACUCAGACCCAAAUCAAACUCAAAGCAGACUUUAUACCACCUCAAGUAGGAAGCAAUGAAGUGUGGCACCGACACACUAUCUUUGAGGAAUUAAAGAUGCAAACCACAUCCACUAUGAAGCAGCCUGGCAAGCGUCCCCAUGAAGCCAGCGAUAGGCGUCGCGGGCUCUUCCCUUUGGUUUUCCGCUCACUUCCAAAGACCCCAGUGGUGAGUAAGUGCAGGCAACAUGCAGGAAAUGAUGCAGCGGAGGACAGAAAAAGUGCAGCACAAAUGGGUGGAUUUCCUGGGGAGGGACCUUCACCGUCCAUCUGGGGGGCAGAGUGGAAAAGACAUCAUCAGGCCACACAAACCGGGAGGCAAUGGAGAGAAGGCCGCAGUGUGAUGCAGAUGCCAGGUACACAGCUGGGAGGCUCACAAACUUAAAUCUCAAGCUGGGUUCUUUGUAAUUAAAAUGCUAACUGCUGACAAGUGUUACUGGACCUGAUCACCAGCAAAACCCACACGCUAACCUUCCUCUGAGUGGGUAAAACUGAGUAACAAUCUAAAUCUUGGUGACAGGCAACAGAAAAGUACAUUUAUGAAGAGCAUGAGGCUCCACUGUUCCUUAUAACAGGUUAGUAUGUAGGAAGAAUACUGCAUUCUUUUACAUUUAAAGACUUACACUCAGCAGCCAGAGAUGGUCAUUUUUACUGUAAAGGCUGAUCAAGGAAGAUACCCUGGGUUUGGUAGAUUUCUUUGAGGACCAGCAAUACUGUAUCUUCAGACUCCCUGUGAAGAGAAUAAAUUGUAUUCUGAAAAGAAGUGACUAACCUUUAUACUAGAUGCUUUGUCUACAGUUUCUCAUUCAAUCUAUGCAACCACCUUGCAAGUUCAUUUUUGUUGCAAAAAAGAUCAGACACAGAGGUAAUGUAACCGGAAGUGGUUUGGAAGGUAACCUAACAAAAGUCUAGCAUUAUGUCUGGUGAUAAAAAAAAAA